UCAAGGGUAACCACUGCAUCCCCACAAGUGUGGUGAAAGAUGGUUGAGUGUGAGGGGAACAGGGAGUGCGGGGUGUGCUACCAGACUUACAACCGCUGGGAGCGAAUCCCGCGCGUGCUGCACUGCAACCAUGCCUUGUGCACUCUGUGCCUGAAAAGGUUGUGCCAGUCCGUGAGCUCCCUGCUGGCCAUACGCUGCCCGUUCUGCCGCUGGACCACUUUCAUAGGGCCCAACCUCACCCUGCAGGAGGGGCUGUGGGUCCACUCCGAGCUGUGGGAUCAAAUCUCUGAAUACGAGGAGGGGUGCGAGAAAGAAGAAGAGGAGGAAGAGGAGGCGGAGGAGGAGAGGGGGGAGGAGCAGGCCAAAGAGACGCAACUCACUCAACAGCCUAAACGGUGA